AUUUUAUCUUUCCCCCUCUUAAUAAAACGUAAAGUCUUACCAUAACGUAUUAUUCAUCGUUAAGGAGCUCAUUAACGAGAAUCAACUUGCAUGUUUUUGAAUCUUACCGCACUAUAGAAAAGGUUCCAAUGGAAUGGUUCCAAUUAUGCCCCUUUACUAUCUUUUUCAUCUACCCUCGUGUUCUUCUGGCACUGCACCUACUUGUACUUUUCACAUUCAAUUACAUCUAGAGAUAUAUAAAGGGAUUUAAUUUUGUUGUGCAAUUAAACGAUUAAUAUUUAAUUAAUUAAUUAAAUAUUUGCUUGUAUUUAGAGUGCUUGAUUGUAAAUAUGAAGGUAGGAAAUGAAUUGAACAACUUGUCGGCUUUUGAGGUGUAUUCAAAAAAAUAUAAAUGUUCCAAGCCACAAUUAAAAAUAAAAAAAUUUGCCCUCAAACAAUUCAAACAUGUAGUUGAAAAAGAAGCAAAAUUAGCAAAGUUACAAACUAAAAGUACAAUUAAAAGUAACUCUGAUAAUGAUGGGAUUAGGACAAAAUCUAAAAAGGCAAAUCUAAAGAAAAUUAAACAAUUGUGUGAUAAUAACUCUACGCAUCCUAAACUUAAAAAUAAUAAUAAAAGAAGUAUCUUGAAAAAUAAGAAUUGUAACAAAGUAGCGGAUAGAGAUUCGAUAAAAGAAAUCGAUGUCUUAACCGAUGAAGGAACAGAGUUUGAUAAAGUAUACUUGAAAAUUAUAAAACCUACCGAUAAAGUAUUAGCUAAUCCUAUAAAUGAAAGUGAAGCAUUGUUCGAAUGGCUUAUAUAUCCUUUAAAAAAAGAUGAAUUUUUCAAUAAGAAUUGGGAAAAAUUACCGGUACAUAUUACGAGAAAUAAAUUAAAAUAUUAUAAGAGUUUGAUGAGUACGCCAAUGUUAGAUCAAAUUUUGAGAGAUAAUUAUGUAUUAUUCUCAAAAAAUUUAGACAUUACAUGCUUUGAGAAUGAUAUGAGAGAAACUCAUAAUCCAGUUGGAAGAGCUUUACCAAGCGUAGUUUGGGAUUAUUUCACUAACGGAUGUUCAGUAAGAUUGUUAAAUCCUCAUACAUAUAUACCUAAGUUACAUGCUUUAAAUUCUAUACUUCAAGAAUAUUUCAAUAGUUUUGUCGGAGCCAAUUCUUAUUUAACACCACCAAAUAGUCAAGGCUUUGCGCCUCAUUACGAUGAUAUAGAAGCAUUUGUAUUGCAAAUCGAAGGGAAGAAGAGAUGGAGAUUGUACAAGCCAAGAAGUAGUAAUGAAUUUCUGCCAAGAUAUUCAUCUUCAAAUUUAUCAGAAAAAGACAUUGGAAAGCCAAUAUUAGAUACUAUUGUUAAUGCUGGUGACUUAUUAUAUUUUCCACGAGGUACUAUUCAUCAAGCAGAUACCUUUGGCUUUGAUAGUCACAGCUUACACAUAACUCUAAGCUUUUAUCAAAAAAAUAGUUGGGGCGAUUUCUUAGAGAAACUUAUACCUCAAGCAUUAAAUAGUGCCAUUGAAAAUGAUUUCCGCUUUAGAAAGGGCCUACCGUUUAAUUAUUUAAAUUACGUAGGCUCUGUCUACACUGACAACGUAAAUGAUGUUACACGCCAACAAUUUUUAGAACAGACAAAAAAUCUUAGCACGUUAUUACUGAAAUAUAUAAACAUUGAUAAAGCUGCGGAUGAACUAGCAAAACAUCAUAUUCAUGACUUUUUACCACCAGUGUUAAGUGCAAAUGAAAGAUUAUGUUCGGUUUAUGAAGCAGGAGAUAGGAUGGUUAAAAAUGGUGUGGUUAUUAAUCGGGUUGAAAUUGACCUAGACACUUCCAUAAGAUUAUCGAGAAAUCAUUCUGUAAGGCUGAUCGAAGAAAAUGGUGUAUAUCAAUUAUAUUAUUCGUCCGAAAAUUCCAAGACAUACCACGAAUAUGAACUGCAAUUCUUUGAAAUUAAUUUGGAAUUUGUACCUGCAAUAAAAGAGCUUAUAGUUCAAUUUCCAAAAUAUAUAAGGGUAGAAGAUCUUCCAAUCGGUGAUCUAGAUAAAAAGAUACAACUUGUUCGAGACUUGUGGGAGAAAGCUAUUGUUAUAUCGGAACGACCUCUUUCUAUUAUUAAAAGCUAAUUUUUACGUAGUGUUAUAAGUACGGAAUAUUUCAAUGU